AUGUUACUGCUUACCGUUUGCUACACAACUCAACCCACACAACAACAAGAACGCAAGAAACAGAAAAAAUCAAUUCAAGAUGGUGAAGUCGUAGAAUUGAGUGCGAUGAAGUUUCUUUUAAUCUUACUAUCAAUAAUUCCAGCUGCUCUGUCACAAUGUGGCUCCAGUCAAACGAUGUUAAAUGAAGGGGCCAAAUUAUGUUGUUAUUAUGAUACAACAGGUAUACCAACAAUUGGUUAUGGUUUUAAUUUAAACGGGACUGAUGCAUCGUCCACUUUGUCUCAAUAUGGUUUAACUCUUGCGAAUGUUUUGAAUGAUUGUAAAAAAAGCACGUCAAAAAGCUGUUUAACACAAGCUCAAAUUGAAGCAAUAUUUAACAGCAAAUCUUAUCCGGAAGCCACAACAUGUGUAAACAGUUUUGUGUCUGGUUUAUCAGCGCAAGUUCAGGCUGCUUUGAUUGAUGUAGCAUUUGCUGGCUGUGCAACGCUAAAUCAAUUCGUCAAGAUGAAAGCUGACCUUCAAAAUAAAGAUUAUACUGGAGCUGCGAAUGAACUUAAAAAUUCUGCUUGGUGUGUACAAGUAAAACAAACACGAUGUAGUUCGGAUGCUGCAUGCAUUCUAUCGGGUGGAAGUGGUUCGCAGACUUCAUCAAAGCCAAAUACUGCCAAAACAUUGUCAAGCUCGAAGGGUAGCGGAAGUACUGCCAAAACAUUGUCAAGCUCGAAGGGUAGCGGAAGUACUGCCAAAAUAUUGUCAAGCUCGAAGGGUAGCGGAAGUACUGCCCGUGGAACAAAUAAACCGCAAGUACCAACUACUACUACCAAAUUCCUGAAUGUAGAAACUACCGAACCUGCAAGCUACUAUGAUUAUGACGGUGGCGACUAUGGCGGAGACUACACCGGUGACGGAGGUGAUGGUGGCGGAGACUACACCGGUGACGGAGGCGAUGGUGAUGGAGACUACAAUGGUAACGGGGACUACGACUACAAUUAUGAUGGAGGCUCCGGGAGACUAUUCGCUAAUCGUAUAGUGUCAUACAUAGAUAUUAUAUUGUCUCAACUCACAUCCAGUUCGACACAUGAUUUUUGA